CGUCAACAACGGAAGCGAAAGAAUGAACAGUUGUGGAAUGUUUUGAUAGAUAUGAGAAAGGAAGUCCCUGUCAUGUAGAGACAGAGUGGAGACAUACAAUGUAGCUUGCUUAAUAAAUGGUCAGCAACAACAUGGGAAGGACGGAGUUGUUGGUAAUGGUGGUUGCCAUGGCAACUCUUCCAUUGGUCAUAAGUCAAAAGACAGAAUAUUUCAUGGAUAACCGGGAUGAUUGUGGAAAAAUCGGCGCUUAUACGAUAUCAGACACCCAGAAAGUCACAUUGCACGCAAAAACAGAGGGAGGAUCUGGGCAGGUUGGGUGCAGUUUAAACUUCAUGGCUGCCCAAACAGAUUCGAAGCUGUCAGUUGAGUUUUCCAGUAUCGUUAUAAGCGACUGCUCCGUUAGUCUGCAGAUUUCUGGCGGUGCAUCAUUGAAAUCAUACACAUGUGGUGCUGGAUAUCCUAGUACAUAUUACACCCUCGGGAGAACACUCGGCAUCACCUUAUAUGUGCCCUCUCCUGACAAACAAAACUUUGAUUUCACGCUUUUGGUCGUGCCCAUUCCAAAAGACAGAUAUCCAGCACCAAGUGAUUCAAAUCCUGCUGCAGUGGGGCUUGUUAUCGGGAUUGUGGGCGGCGUGUUUGGCCUAAUCUUCAUUGUCAGUUGUGUGGGGAUAUGUUGCUUCCGAAAAUAUCGAGCCAGGGGGUCGGCAAGAAGCCCUUUUAAUCAUGAUAAACCUAGAAUCGAUGAGAAUAACAGUGUGAGUGUGGGUUAUACAAAUGAGAGCAUGAACGGGUCUCCGUAUGCGAAAAAGAAAUUGCUGUCUCAAUCAGACAGCAGUGGCGAUGAUAAGCUAGAUCUUCAGAGACCUCGGACAUUGAAUUUGAGGGGCAAUAAUAAUAAAUCAAGGGGUGAUAAUUUUGAUAACAGAACGAAAGGUGAUAAUAAUAGAAAUGGACUCGGGCGGACAACUUAUGUUCCCCCACCUGCUCCACCUCCUCCCCCGCCAAACUAUUCAGGCGGAUCUAGUGAUGAUAAUAGUCAGGAUGUUUUUGGUUCACAAGAACGGGGCAUCGACGUCGUUACUCGGCCUAAAAAUGACAUGCUUGGUGCUUUGAAGAAUAACCCAAAAUUCAGAAAUUCAUUUAAGUCAAAUGAAAAAGACGCCAACGAAAGAGCCCAAAGAAUUUCAUCAUCUUCUUCAUUGGAACGGUUUGGGCCAGCCCCUAGCCCCCCAGGUGAUGGCUCAAAUCGCCCGUCACUUCCACCAGUUCCAAAAUCUCCAAAGGGGAAAAAAUCUAAGCAUGCAGGAAUCAAUCGAGCACCAAGACCUACGUCUCUAUCAGAAAAUGAAGUUAAGAAACUUGAAAAAGGUUUUCCUAGAGAUGGGCAGGAUCCUGAUAUAAGGGUUUUGCGAGAUGAUCAUAGCACAUCAUCGUCAAGUGAAGUCGUCGCAAUUAACGUAAAAGCCGAUCAGAAACGGAAAGCCGAUACAGUACAUGCCUUAAAGCCAGAUAGGGGAAACAGAGGCAAAAAGAAGCAGACAAAAUCGGUUUCAAGUGCUUUAGAUCCUGAACCAAAACCUAGCCCAAGAAUGCCGCGAGAUCGCGUGCAGUCUACUGACGAUGAGCUAGGCCGGCCUAGAGGUCAAGUAGAAAGGUUAAUGGCGCAGGAAAGGGAUUUGGGUUUGCCAUUUGAGAAAAUGGGCUCAGGGCGAUACAGUAAAGGGAAGGGGCGGAAAUCACCAAGGCCAGGCAAAGGUUCAGGUCGUGGAUUUAGCCACAGGCGUGGACGAAGCGCUGAUCGACUGGAUUCAAGGCCCACAACUCCAACUAGUGCCUUUGGCUCCAUGGAAGACCUGGACUCCAUUCCUCGACUGCAGAGGUACGGGUCCAAGAAUUCACUGUAUUCAUCAAGGUCAUCUUUAUACGACCGCCGGCGUCAGCGGAAAAAUUCAACAGGGUCUUAUGUCUCAUACAGGGAUGAUAUAUCCGUUGGAAGGUAUUCUGAUUCCGAUGAAGAUUUUGACGGCUAUGAAAAACCGCUCUCUCGCAAGGAUCGCGAAAGAUUGUAUAGAUCAGAGAACGACCUUGGGCGACGGCCGAAAGAAGCUGGGACACAAACAUUACGUGAAACUGCUACACAAACCGGCGAAGGUGUAGCAGUGGUGGUCCAGAAUAAAAUGCUUGUGAAAAAGAAGAAGCCAUCUAAAAGUGUAAGUUCAUCAGGAACACAGACUGUUAAAAAAUCAAAGUCAAAAUCGAUCGAUAACCUAGCUGAAGAAAAAGGUUACCACUCUGAUAAGGAAAAGAAAAGAAAAAACAAACGUUCAAAGAGCAUGAACUCCCUAGAAAAUGCUGUUGAUGAGACUGACUCAAGCGAGAAAAAGGAAAAACCGAAAGUUAGGCCAAAACCUCGACCCAGAAAGUCAACAAGUGCAGACACCAUGUUAGAAGAAAAAAAGAUUGCUUCUCAGGAAAAUCUAGCAGCAGAUCCAAAUGCUAAUCCGUACUACCCAGGGUCUGAGGGCUUUGUACCUCAACAGCCUUAUUAUCCAUCCCAGGGAUACCAGGGAAUGCCUCCUCCAGCUGGUUACCCGGGGCAAGCGGGAAAUUUCCCGGGUCAGGCGGGAAAUUAUCCAAUUCAGCCUGGAAAUUUCCCAGGUCAACAAGGUGUUCCAAUGCAGGGUCAAUAUCCACAAUAUCCCGGGCAAGCAAAUUCAGGCUAUCCCAAUUUCCAGCCAAAUCAACCGCAACAACAAGCCCACAAUGGACUACUUUCUAAUGUGCCUGCUGCUCAGGUUCCUAAGCAAAGGAACAAAUCAAAUUGGGAGAUGUUGUGUGAAAUAACAGACUCUCAUCGCGAACGAGAUGACAUUACUGAAACUGGUUCUGUGGCUAGUUCAGUCUUUACGAACAAUCCUGCGAGUUUGCCAAACUAUGGCAACCCUCCAACCUAUCAACAGUUCCACAACUAUCCGCCGCCUCCUAAGCAUAUGUUGCAUAGCAAUAGUGUUCCAGAUUAUGAAAAUGCUGCAUACAGGGCCCUGAAUUAUGAAAAUGCUGAUGUCAGGGCCCAGAAUGGAAUUAUUCAUACAUCCUCAUCUUGGGACGCACUAAAAGCAGCAACCAAUCCGAAAGCAGGGAAACUUGAUGGAAAACAGCAAAGUUCAGAAAGCGAAGUGUAGAUUGUUGUGUGUAAAUAACUUGUAUGAUAAGUUGUUGAUCUCCACCGUUUUAUGAUUAUAUAUAAAAAAAUACUUCCAAUGAUUGUAGAUACUGCAGGUUAAAUUAGUGUAAAUGGCGUAAUUAUGGCUAUGGUUAUUUUUCUAGCUAGUCUGUUAGCCGAAGGAAAAAAUAUUUUAUGUUUUGUCAUAUGCAUUGGUGCAGUUGUCAUCAGCGUGUAAAAUCUUGACCAUAACUCAAAAACCAUUCAUGAUAUUCAUGUUAAACUGGUUAAUAUAAGGCCCAUAACUCUGGCUUUCAUUUUUUUUUAAGUAAUGAUCUUUUUUUUUUAAUGAAAAAUAAUGGAAUGUUUGGCAUUGACUCAGGAGCGAUUUUUGUCACCAUUAUUUAUGAUACAUUCAUGUUGCAAAUUAAAACUAAAUUAAAUUUAUUUGUAAGAUAUAUAUUUCAUAAACCUAAUAUCUUUAUGAUGGCAAUCAUUAAACCGCUGGUUGUAAUUAAAUGUUAACAAAUCAAUGUUGUUAACUUUCAAAUCUUUAUUAAUUUUAAAAAUUUCAUUGAAACAUUCAUAAACUGCAGUACUAAACUUACACAUAAUUGACAAAUACACAUAACAGUUUCAGCUCUGCUGGUUUUAUUUCAGUAUAAUAUAUAAGCAUAUCAUUACAUAUUUCAUUGUUUCAUAUUUUCACAUAAGUUAACAAAAAUUCUGUUAAAAACAUUUUUUAUUUAACAAAGUAUGAAAAAUCAGCGCAUUCACUGAAUAGUGGCAGGCAGAGCGAGGCUUUCCGUUCGCGUCAUCUUUAUUCAUAACAUCAUGGCAUUAUUAUUCCCAAAAUUAUUUUGUCAAAUAAAAACAGGAUAUAAUGUACAGUAAUUUAUUCAAAUUAUUCUAUACUUUAAUAUCAUAGAAUUUUAUUUGAAGUGAAUAUUUUUGCUGUUUUUUUUAUGUAAUGUCUACAAGUGCAUUUUAAUUGUGCUAUUUUUCAUUUUAUUAUGUUUAUAAUGUCAAAUUGUAUUUAAAUUUACAUGUAUUGUUUUUUCUGUUUAUGAUGUGUUGUAAUAUGAAGUUAAGAAUGUAAGUGUGAAUAGAAUAGUUUUUAGUUUGUAUAUAUUGUAGAUUUAAUGUUUUAUUUUCACUUUUUGAUUUAUACAGUGUUUUUCUUUUACUAAAAAUUUUGGGCCCUUUCUUCACAAAAAUUGGACUCAAAUUUAAUUUGUUAUCUUAAAACAAUAUUAACUCUUAACAAAUCAGGUAUGUUUAAAUGCAGUCUUAUUAUAACUCUUAAAAUUCCUUAAAGUGAUGAUCUUUAAGGGGUCCUCACUUUCUUUCUUUGUUUGAAAUAUACUACAGUUAAUUAACUUAUUAAUUUUAUGCAUUUUAACACUAUUUUUUUCAAUUCCAAUGCUUAGGUCAUAAAAACCAAUAUACUGUAUUACUAGAAAUAUUUCAAACUUAUGCAGAGUGUAGAGCUCAGAUUUAAGUUGAAGUUAACAUGACUACUGAUGAUAAAUUUUAGCAUAGAUGCUCUUGCAUACCAUGGAAAAUGAAUACUGAAGAUCGGUUAACUGUUUGUCUAAAACAAGAAAUAUUUUUGUUGUUCAAUUUAUAACCAGAAUUUCAAAUUUUUACAAGCUUUCUCAAUUUUGAGAUUUUAUACCAUCUUUAAAAAAUAUUUUUACAUGUAGAGGCAUUUAUGAUGAUUUUCAUGUCAUUAAUCAGAAUUUUAAAGAUUUAAAACAUAAUUAUAUUAAUUAUAUCACUCUCAACUUUUGAGAUUUUUUACAUUCUUUGAAAUACUAAACAAUACAUGUAUGAAAAUUGUAUUAAUAUUUUUUAAGCAGAUUCAAUAAUUUUUGUAAUACUUAUCCAACAGAUUUAAAUUUUAAUUAUAAAUGUACUUCUUUUAGUUAUAGCCUAUUUCAUAGCAAGAUGUCUUUUGACAGAUCAACCUGAAUAUGCACUAAUCCGUAAUGGUGAAAGGUAUUAUUUAAUAACUGGUUUAGCGACUUGACAACUUUUUAGUGGUCGACAUUUUCUUGUGUAACUUAGUAAUCCACUAACACUGUUAAUAUAUAUUGCUUUACCUGGUUUAAAUGAGUAACAACUGACUGAUGAUUUACUGAAGUAAAUGUGUUUGAAAACUUAAGAGAAAUAUUUUCUUCUUAUUGGACAAAAUAAAAUUUUAACCACUAAAUAUGAGAUGAACAUUCCAUGUUUUAUUGUUGAUAUUUGGCAGCAUUUUUACAUCUAUCCUUUUACAUCAAAACAUGUAUGUCAUUUUGUGGUUAGAAAUAAAUGUUUAUUAUUUAUGUCACAUAAUUGUUUAGGCCACACAACAAACUUGAUGUGUUCAUCGGAUAUAAUUAUAUAUACCACACAUUGUUUUCAGAAAAUGCAAAAAACAUACUUUUUUUUCUCAAGCGAGUGCUCCUAUUUGUUACCAAAAAAGACUUGUAAAAAAAAAGGCUCUAAGUUUUUCGCACACAAGCUUCAAUUUCUCACACACAAGCUUCAAUGUUUCAUAGCCAAAGUUCAGCAAACAAUUACUGGUAAAUGGUGUGGCCUUUACACAUUAAUAAAUUUUACAGUCAUAGCCCAUUCAUCAUUGAUUAAACAAAAUGUUUUGAAUAUUUUAUUGAAGUCUGAACAUUAGGGCUAUGUCUGAAAUAGUGUAUUGUGUAUAGUUAAUUGUGUUAUAAUGAUGCCGUGACUUAGCUGCCUUCCCUCUGGGGAAUUAUGAAAGAGAUAGAUUACUUAUUUAGUUCGCGACUUGUGUAAAGAUUUACUUAUCUAGCUUGUGAGAUGUGACCUAUGUUAUUGAUGUUUAUUCUACAAGAUAAUAAUUAAUUUGUACAGUUUUGCUUUCCACUCUUUAUGUCAUAUGCUCUGUUCUCAACUAAUUUAUUAAGUUUUACUCUGAUUUAAACCUAGCUCAAUGAAGUUACAUUCCAUAGGAAUUCCAAGAAAUACAAUUUGAAAGAGAUGAAUUUGCUCAGAAAUUACAUAGAAACUCAACUAUUUUUUCAUUGUACAAAUUCAUUUCAUUGUAGAUUUCCUUUUCAAUCAGGGGAAGGCUUUCAACAGGGUUGCAAGUUUUUUGUCAUUUAAAACAUUUAUAUCAUCACUACCAUUAUCGUCACUACCAUUAUCGUCACUACCAUUACCGUAACAUUUAAAACUAUUGACAUAAUUGAAGGCCUUUGUAACAGCCACAUCACUUUGAUUAAGACAUUUGCUGAUGGAAUUUAAUGUAUUUCACCAAUUUAAUUGCACAUUAAGAAUAUCACUCUGAUGACCUAAAUUGAUUACAUACAAACAAUGUUACCCACAAAAAAUGUUGUUAGUUCAUGCGUUAAAAUAUACGUUUUUCAUCUGUUCAUUUGAACAUGUUUUCAAGGUUGUUAAAGGAUAUGUUAUAAUUUGUCUGAUACAGUCAUUUCCACAUUUUUAAAGACAUUUUAUCUACAUGCGCUAGAAAAAACUCCCAAUUUUUAUUCAAAACCGCAUUGACAUUUUCCUUUGCCAUUGAUGUGCCUUUUCAGGGUGAAUCGACAAGUAUCAGAACCAUUGUGUGGAAUUGGAUAAUUAUCUUGUCCAUUUUUUCAAAGAAAGUUGUAGAUGUAUUGUAUAAGUUUUGGCUUUGUUAUCAUCAGCAUUGUCGUUGUUAACAGUGUUAGCCCUAUUCUCAGCGUUGAUGUUGUGCAAAAUUUUAAACCUUGGCCAUAACCCAAAAAAAACAACAUAUAAGGUAUUCAAAUAAAACUGUGUAUACGUUGCUAAUAAUAAUUUACACUUGUACGACAAGGCCCUUUACUCUGGUUUAAAUCAUUGUUGAGUUGUGCCCCUUGUUCGACUGUUAAACACAAUAACAGACGAGCAUUGGCGCUCUUGUUAUUUGGUGGUUUCUUGUUUGCAUGGUUUGGUGUUUUGUUUCUCAAUUUGGUUGUCAGUCUUAUGUGUGCCCUAUAUGGUUCAUCAAUACAGAUUUAUACUUGCAUAUUAAGUUAUCUAACUUGAAUUUGAGGUAUGUGCAAUAUUUCAUUUGACUGUCAGUGAGUUAUAAAGGUUCUUAAACUAUCAGUGGCCAUCUUAUUAACGAGUGUAUGACCAAAUAUUGUUGUAAGUUACAGAUUGCUUUGAUCAGCCAAUAAGGUUGUAUUCUAAGUCAGUUAGAUAACCUGAAGUAAUAUCUUAAUGAUUAAGAAGGGCCCGAUCGCUACGCACGCUCACUCCGCCCAUUUUCAACCAAUUACUACAUAGUAGCAAUAAUUCAGAAUGUGAACAGUAAGAUGAUGUUGUAAUGUGUAGAUUGUGCUAGUGUGUACAUGCAAUAUAGUAUACAACUACUGUAUCAAAAAAUAUGUUGGAGAAAUACUGUACCUGGCAUUGAGCCGAAUGUUCAGAAAAUUGUUAUAGUUAACGAUGUGAUUAACAAUAUUGUUGUUAAUUUUUAUACAUGAACUAUUUGAUGAUGUGCUCAAAUAUUUAAAUAUAAACAAGUACAGCUAAAAAUGUGGUCUCAAGUCUAAUGUUAGAAAUAAAGCAGAUCAGAAGUGAACUGAUUAAACUUCCAGAGCAGUAACGAUUUGAAAGUUAACUACGCUGAUGUUAACAAUAUUGUUAACUUUAACAAAGUUCGGCUCAUAUCGGCUCAUAUUGGGUUUAAUCUUCAAAAUCUUGUUAUUUAGGUGUUAAAAAAAAUGUAAAAUGUCGGAGUAGUUUAUGAUGAUGCUUUUAUGUGCCAUAUUUUAUUUGUUUUAAGGUCAUAAUCAUGAUGGCGUAAAUUGUUUAGACGUAAAAAAUAUCUUUGUCUCAGGAUUCAUGCGCUAAAUGUCGGAUAAUUUUACUUCUUUUUUCCAUCGGGCAUAUUGUUUCUUGAGAUUUUUGCGUUACCAAAACCUGUAAGUUAAAUGCUAAGGAAUAUUGGUAAAAGCCCAAUUAUACACUUUAAAAAUAAAAUAAUGACUGAUAAAAAAUAUUUCUCAAGGCAAUAAGAGGCCUCAUGGAUGUGGAAAAAGAUCAGGUAGGCUGGGAAACCCAAUACAAACAUAUAUUUACUUUUGUACAAAUGGAAAUGGCUCAAUUUUUUUCUAUUUAUAUUUUAGUUUGUUUAAAACAUCCUUUAUGGACAUAACAGUGUGCUUACAAUUGUUUGUAGUUUAGACUGGUAAAAUCUGUGUAAUCUUAUAGUAUUUAAAGUUGCGCUCUCGAAUAUUUACUGUUUUGACAACUUAUUUAUUGUUUGUUAUGGAAUGAGUCAAUUACUGCAUAAAAACCUGAAAACAAAUGAUAUAUGACUGCUGACAAAAGAUCAGAUUGCAGUUUUUUUCAUAUUUCUGUUUGAAAACUCAUGUAUUAUGGCUAAAAGUGUUACUAACGCUUUAAGAAAAAUGCAUAAAACAUCAGUUUUUGAACAUAAAUACAUGUAUGAAAACCUGCAAUUUGAUUUUUCUCAGCAGUCUUAUAUCACUGGUUUCCAUGCAUUUUCACAAAAAACUAGCUUGUUCCAAGACAACAAAAUAAAAAAAGUUGUCAAAACGUUCAAUCUGUGAGAGAGCAGCUUUAAGGUUGUGAUAUGCUUGAAUGCUUGCCACUUCACAAUCAUUUUCUUUUUUGUAAAACUGCAUUCUGUCUUUAUAAUUUGUAAAUACUGUUAUUAUUACUUUUGUAUUAAUAAUUUACACACUAAUGUUUUAUUAUACAUAUCAACUUUGAUCACACAUAUCAGAGAUCAUACAUUCUGAUUUUUAAUUGAGUAUACAUUUUUAAUUUCGGUAUUUAUGUUAAAAGUUAUAUUUUGACUUAGUGCAACAUGGUUGUAACUCAAUAUAGAAAUUGAAUGUGUUACAACACUAUUUCGCUAAGCCUUCGAUUUGCUCUUGAGCAUGUUCAACUAAAAGUUCGGCAUCCCUUAUUUUUCGAAAUUUUAAAUUUCCUUAAAACAGGAUUAAGCUAAGCUCACUAAUUUUGAUGUUCAAGUAUAUGGGUAGGAUUUACAUCUUGAGCAGUUUUUUUAUGUUACAUAGGGAUUUUCCUUAUAAUAAUCACAAAGUAUUUUCCACAUUCAAAUCAAGCUCUUGAAAUGUAUUUUGGCUAAUUGAAAUAAGCUACUUAAGCCUAGAUUGUCAAGCCUAAGCUGUCCAGUGAUUUGGUCUGCAGAUUUGACAGAUUCAAAACCAAUGUUUAAAAUUCAGGUAUUUUUUUUUCAAAAAGUAAGCCAUUGUGAUCUUAAAGCUGCACUCUCACAGAUUUACCAUUUUUACAACUUUUUUAUUUUGGAAAGAGCAAUUUAUUUCGUAAAUAUCUGCAAAUCAAUGAUAUAAGAUUGCUGGCAAAAAAUCAGAUCGUAGAUUUUUAUAUUUCCGUUCGAAAAUUAAUGUUUUGUGGCCUAAACUGUUACUAACGGUUUAAGAAGAAUGCAUAAAACAUCAAAUUUUUUUAACUUAAAUAAAAAAAUCUGUGAUUCAUUUUUUGUCAGCAAUCUUAUAUAACAGGUUUCCAUGGAUUUUCGCAAAAAUUGGCUCAUUCCAAGACAAAAAAUAAAAAAGUUGCCAAAACGUUCAAUCUGUGAGAGUGCAGCUUUAAAGGGGCUGUACUCCGUAUGAUAAAAUAGCGGGGGGAAAAGAAAAAGGUCGAAAACAGACAUAAACUUGGCAUCGAUGUGUACAAUGCAUUGAAACUUACUAACUAAAGUACCACAUAGUAUACAAUUUAUUUAAGUUUAGCAGUUAUUUCGUGUUUUGCCAUUAAACGAUUACUGGGUAUGUCUACCAGGGGGUGGGAGGUAAUAUAGUUUAACCCUUGAUAGAUACAAAAACAUGUUAGGGAUAAUUUUGCUCUUGUUUUAACUGAAAAAAAUUGUUGCUAGUUAGCUGUCAAUUGAAAUAUGUUUAUAUCUGUACAUAAAUGAUAUAUUGCUUUUUAUUCUAUUGAGGCAAUACCUUUCUUUUUUUGCAUGUAUUAAGUUAACAACCAUUUUCCUCCUUUUAAAGCAGAAAUGAAACAUCGCAAUAUUUGAGUUGGAAUUUGAGGAAACUGAAAAAAAAGGAAAGCAGUUUUCCUGGUUUAUUUAAAAUUUCAUUAUUUUAAUAGUUUGGACAUAUACAUAGUAGAUUAUAAUAAAUACAGUCGAACCCUUUUUGGCUCGAACAUGUUUCGAUUCUCUCAUUGGAUCGAAAUGCAUGUAAAGGACAGAUUUCUUUCUACUGAAUGUAAGCAUUCCCGCUUGGCUCGAAUUUCCUAAGGCUCGAGGUAUUUUCGCCAAUCCCUGGGAGUUCGAGCCAACAGGGUGCAACUGUAUGAUAAUACAUGAAAAUUAUGUCUCCCCCUCUCUGGGGGAGACAUAUUGUUUUUGCCCUGUCCGUCAGUCCGGUAGUCCGGUAGUCCGUCAGUCCGUCAGUCCGUCCGUACGUGACACUUCGUUUCCGAUCGAUAACUGGAAAACCGCAUGACCUAGGAUCACCAAACUUGGUAGGGAGGUUGGUCAUGAGGUGUAGAAGAUCCCUAUUGUUUUUGGGGUCACUAGGUCAAAGGUCAAGGUCGCGGCGACCCCCAAUGUAAAAAACAUUUCCGCUCAAUAUCUUGACAAUGGUUUGACCUAGGUUCACCAAACUUGGUAGGGAGGUUGGUCAUGAGGUGUAGAAGAUCCCUAAUGUUUUUGGGGUCACUAGGUCAAAGGUCAAGGUCGCGGCGACCCCAAUGUAAAAAACAUUUCCGCUCAAUAUCUUGAGAAUGGUUUGACCUAGGUUCACCAAACUUGGUAGGGAGGUUGGUCGUGAGGUGUAGAGGAUCCCUAUUGUUUUUGGGGUCACUAGGUCAAAGGUCAAGGUCGCGGCGACCCCCAAUGUAAAAAACAUUUCCGCUCAAUAUCUUGAGAAUGGUUUGACCUAGGUUCACCAAACUUGGUAGGGAGGUUGGUCGUGAGGUGUAGAGGAUCCCUAUUGUUUUUGGGGUCACUAGGUCAAAGGUCAAGGUCGCGGCGACCCCCAAUGUAAAAAACAUUUCCGCUCAAUAUCUUGAGAAUGGUUUGACCUAGGUUCACCAAACUUGGUAGGGAGGUUGGUCGUGAGGUGUAGAGGAUCCCUAUUGUUUUUGGGGUCACUAGGUCAAAGGUCAAGGUCGCGGCGACCCCCAAUAUAAAAAACAUUUCUGCUCAAAAUCUUGAGAACGGUUUGACCUAGGUUCACCAAACUUGGUAGGGAGGUUGGUCAUGAGGUGUAGAAGAUCCCUAUUGUUUUUGGGGUCACUAGGUCAAAGGUCAAGGUCGCGGCGACCCCCAAUGUAAAAAACAUUUCCGCUCAAUAUCUUGAAAAUGGUUUGACCUAGGUUCACCAAACUUGGUAGGGAGGUUGAUCAUGAGGUUUAGAAAACUCCUAUAUUUUGGGGGGUCACAAGGUCAAAGGUCAACGUCGCUGUGACCUCUAAUGUAAAAAAAUAUUUCCGUGCAAUAUCAGGAGAAUGCUUUGAUCUAGGUUCACCAAACUUUGAAGUGAGGUUGGUCAUGAUGUCUAGUUGAUUUUGCAAUCAGUUGGUCAAAGGUCAAGGUCACUGACCUUGAGGUGAAGAACCGGUUUCUGCUCAAUAACUCAAGAACGUUUACACCCAGGAACUUCAUACUUGGUAUGCCAGUUAGUCAUGACUAGUUGAUGGCCCCUAUUGAUUUUGGGAUCCAUCAUUGAUUAUUUCUCACCUACGACCACACAAUGGGGGAGACAUGCGCUUUUUCAAAAAAGCAAUCUCUAGUUAGUUUUACCUUUCAUUUUCCUGCAAAUGUCUUGAGUUUACUCAAAAUUAGUCAUUCAUUGCAUAAUUUGCACUAGCUUUAUGUUAUGUUUAUUUGUCGAAACUGAUUUUUUGUAGAUUGUAAAUAACUUGUGUAAUGUAAUUAUCAUGUCCUUUUUAAAAACUUCCUUUACAUAAGUUUGGGAGACACCUUUUGUACUGAAACUUUAAUUAUACACUUGUAUCUUUAGUGCAAAUAAAUAUAUCUAGAUAAACACUACAAACAUUA